AUGAAAUUAAAAUACGAAAAAAAUUUGCUAAAAAAUGAACCAAAAUUCAGUAUCGCCCGCAUUGAAUGUCUAUCCAUAUCGCCUAAUCUGACCCGACUGGCCGUAUGUACGUCGGCUAACAAUCAUGUACUACUAUACGAUGGCCAUACCUACGAGGAAAAAGAUAAGUUUGCACUGAAAUCGACGGCCAAAAACUUUAGCCGCAAAUCGUUUGUUGUCAAAGGUAUCGCAUUUUCGCCCGAUUCGCUAAAACUGGCCAUCGGUCAGACCGAUAAUGUUAUAUAUGUCUAUAAGAUUGGCGAACACUGGGGCGACAAAAAAGCCAUAAUCAAUAAGUAUAGCCUACAACAUGCCGUUACCUGUCUAUACUGGCAUAAAUCGGGUAUACUAUUUGGAUCACUUGAUGGAAAGGUAAAAUUAGUUCAAACCCAGACAAACAAGAUGUCUGGCCUAAUGUCCAGCCAGUCAUCGUUGGUUAUAUCGAUGUCGGUUUGCGGCGAUACUGUUGUAUGCGGUUUUAUGAAUGGCCUGAUUAUGAUGAACUCGAUGGCAGCCAACAAUAACAACUCGCGCGGCGAUAACACCGGCAAACAAGUGGCCACUCAUUCGUGUCCGCCGUUUGCGCUGACAAUGUCUCAGAGUGGCUACAUUUGCGCGGCCGGCUGUGACGGCCGAAUCACUUUUAUCAACGUUUCUGUCGUACAAAACAACAAUCAAAGAGCCACCGGCGGCGGCGGCAAUACAUCCACUAAACAAAACCUUGAAUACGGAAGCGAUAUCUCCUGUGCCAUCAGUUCGACCUCCGGUAAUAUCAUUAUACUGACAUCGCUGGAAAAGUUGAUUGUCUUCGAGCUGGACUCUCGGGUGUGGCGUCAAAAAAAUACUAUCGAACUGUGCGGCUCGUAUCUGGUCACUGGUCUUCAGUGGUCACUCGACGGUACCAAACUGAUGGUCGGCACACUCAACGGUGCCGUCGAACUGUUUGCCUGUAAAUGGCGUACAAAACUAAUUGGCGAUAAAUUGGAGAUCAAUUAUGUCGGCAAUAGACAAGUGGUGGUCAAAGACUUGCACAAAGGGACGACUCAGGUAUUUCAGUCGACGUACGACAUCAAAGACGUCAAGAUUAUCAAAGACAGCUUUGUUGUUGUCUUUACCACCAAUACGUUGAUACUGUCGGACAUUACCGACGAGUCAAACAAUGAUAAAAUAUCGGAAAUCGAUUGGACCGGUAUGACCACUGAUGGACUACGGUUUAGUUUUGACUACGAAAAUGUUGUACUCAUCAAUCUGGUCGGCGAACUAUACUUAGUCGAGUUGGGAUCAAAUCAAUUGUUGGCAUCAGUUCGGACCGAUUUUGUUAAUCCACAUCUCAUGAGUGUCCGUAUAAACGAACGAAAAAGUGGUACAAAAACAUUAGCCUAUUUGUUGGACAUCAAGACUAUCACUAUUUUGGAUCUGGUAUCCGAUGUUCAGCUAUGUGUUUGGUCGCAUAACGACCGAAUCGAUUGGAUCGAAAUGAACGAAACGGCCAAAAAGUUGCUGUUCAGAGAUCGGUCAUUGAAACUAAAUUUGUUGGACAUCUUUGAUCAGGAAUCGAGAGUUAUACUGAAUUUUUGCGGUUUUGUCCAAUGGGUUCCCGGCAGUGAUGUAUGCGUUGGCCAAUCCCGCGAUAAACUGUACGUCUGGUAUGACUUUGAUAAGCCGGUCAUUCAGAAUGUUUCGGGCGGUUCGCAGAACGAUGCCGUCGGCAUUGAACGCGAUAACGGUGUGACCAAAGUCUUGUUUGCCAUUACCGGCACCGAUAUCCAGUUGGACGAAGUAUUGCUCGAGUUUGAUACGGCCAUAGAAGACGCCGAUCUCGAAAGAGCCGAAUCAUUUCUCGAGUCACUAUCUCUGACCACUGAAUCCGAAUCAAUGUGGCGACUGUUGGCCAACGUUGCCCUGAAAAACUCCAACCUAUUGAUUGCCGAACGUGCGUUUGCGGCCAUCGGCGAUAUAAGCAAAGCUACGUUUGUCCGGGAAUGUGUUCACGACUAUAGCAAACUAGCCCUACUCGAUGACGACUGGUCCGGGUUUGAGUCAUCGUCGGCCGAUUUCGAUGAAGUCAUCGAUACCUAUAUACGACUACAUAAGUGGCAGCGGGCUAUCGAUUACUCAGUCCGAUCGGGUCGAUACGAGACCAAACAGGAUCUGGAACAACAAUACUACAAUUGGCUAUUGGAUUCGGGACAGGAAGCGGAAGCGGGUCUUAUAAUGGAAAAAUCUGGUAAAUACGAGGAAGCAGUCAAAUUGUAUACCCGAUCGGGUCAUCUGAUCCAAGCGGGUAAACUGAUACUCAACAAUAUGGGUAAACGUGGUUUCGAUAUACAGAAGCCAUCUGUUGAACAAGUGAUCCGAGAUUUAGUUAGUUCGGAGUUCUAUGAAGAAGCCGGUCAACUGUUGGAGACCAAUCUGGUCGGCGAUAAUAGAUCAGCGUUGGACAACUAUAUCAAAGGCAAUGCCUACGCGAAAGCCAUAGCACUGGCCAGAAAAGAGUUUCCCGACGAAGUGGUCGGAUUGGAGCUCCGGUUUGCCGAAUGGCUAUUAAACGAAUGUAACGAUCCGUCGGGAGCAGUCAACCAUUAUAUAGAAGCCGGUAAAACGGACAGAGCUUUGGAUGCGGCCAUUGCGGCCCAACAAUACGAUCGGGCCAUCGAAAUAGCAUCCAUUUUGGACAAUAUUCCCGCACAUUAUGGUAAAAAAAUUGGUACCUAUUAUGCCGGCAAAGAUCAAAUCGAUACGGCCAUCGAAAUCUAUCUGAACUCUGGAUGUAUUCGCGACGCUAUACUAUUGUUGAACAAAAAAGGCCAAUACAUGAGAGCCUAUAAGUUGGCACUGAAACUGAUGGACACCUCCGAGGCUAAAGAAAUGUACGAAUCCAUAGCUAAAUCACUGGAAAUGGACGGCAAAUAUAAAGAAGCCGAAAAAAUAUACAUUACAUGCGAUAAUGUCGACUCAGCCAUCAGUAUGUAUAAGAAUAUCAGACAAUUUGAUUCAAUGGUCAAACUGGUCAAACAAUAUCAUCCGGAUCUGCUUAAUGAUACACAUUUGCAUUUAGCAAAAGAGUUAGAAACUGAAGGUUCACUACAUCAGGCAGAAAGUCACUACAUUGCGGCCAACGAAUGGAAAUCGGCGGUACAAAUGUAUAAGAAAGCCGACAACUGGGACGAAGCCUAUCGGGUAUCGCGAACUAAUGGCGGUCUAAGUGCGGCCAAACAAGUGGCCUAUCACUGGGCCGUCAGUCUCAACAAUGCCGAGGCUGCGGUAAAACUGUUGUCCCGAUUUGGUCUACUGAAUCAAGUGGUCGACUAUGCAGUCGAUGCCAACGAGUUCGAGUUUGCCAAAGAUCUCAUUAGCAAUUCGGGUAACGAAUUACGCCAUAAGAUGACCGAAGUUAAGCUCAAGUAUGCCGUUUGGUUGGAAGAUGAGAAACGAUACUCAGAAGCCGAGGUCAUGUACUGCGAGUCCAAUAAACCAAAAGAAGCGGUACUCAUGUAUUUGCAUAACGGAGGCUUUGACGAGGCUCUCCGGGUGGCCGAAGAGUCGGUUGGCGAUGAAGAAGUGGUCAAAGAUGUGUUGACAGCUCAGGCGCGGACUAUUCUGGAGAGAGGAAGACGCGGUGUCGACGAUAUGAACCGCGCGGAACAUCUGCUGUUGAGAGCGGGUCGGAUUGAAGUGGCCGUCAAGAUAUACAAAGACAAUGCCAUGUGGGAGGAAGCGUUGCGGGUGUGCGAUCAGUUUGCGCCCCAUUUGGUCGAUGCGGUCAAACGCGAAAUGAUUGCCGAAUCCCGAAAUAGCGACAUCUAUAUGAGCGGUGCGUCCACUCGUCAAAGUUCGGGUAAAUCAAGUGUUGUCAGUAUGAUGAGCGGUGGCGGCAGCGGCGGUGCCGACAGUAUUGCCGCCGGUAGACAUUCGGCCGCUUAUUACAACACGGAUCAGCCGCCGCCGAUUAUGGGCAACGUUGGCGAUCUGAGACAAAACUUGAAGUUAGCCGAACAAAAUCAGGACAAAGAUUUGAUUGUCAAAUACACGAUAAUGUUGUGCACACAACUGGUCAAAGACAAGUCGCCUGUCGAUGCCCUUAAUCUACUGACCCGUUAUAAUGCGGUUUUUAUUUUACCCGAAACCAAGAAGAUUGUCGUCCGAAUUGCAAGCGAUUUGUUGGCAUUUGAAUCAGACAACGACAACGACAACAGCCAUAAGGUCGACAACAAUGUCGGCACUUGGAAACAGUUACGCGAUUCACUCUAUCAAGUAAUGGGUUCUUCAUCCAGCGAUUCCGAACUGGAGAUUAUUGAAAAAUAUAUGUUUGUCUCACAUUUGUUUGUCCUGAAGACAAUACUGGGUGGACUGACAGGCCAGACAAACGCUCCGGAACUGGCCAUGAAGAUCACCGUAGCGCUGCUCAGAUACACCGAUAUUGUACGAGUUGACAAAGCCUUCUACGAGGCCGGACUGGUGGCCAAACAUAGCAAUCGUCUGGAAAUGGCUUUUGUCUACUGGAAUCACUUUCUGGAUUUAGUCGAAGCCAUCGAUGAGGGCGAACUCGAUGUCGAUCAUUCAGAUUUUGUCGGCACUGAUAUACCACAUGAGGUACCGUUACCGGCCCAACCGUUUGCUGCCAGCGACCAGAAUACCAUUGAAGUAGUUAAAAGUUGGAUACUGGAGGUAUCAAUGGAUACACAUGUCUCCCAAUCGUUGCCGUUGGACGCCCUGCGCGAUGGCGACGUCUACGAGGCCAGCCUAUUGAAUGCCGACGGUAGCCAAUGUCUACCCUGUCUGGUAACCGGCUAUCCAGUAAUCAAACACAAAACAUUAGAAUUUAAACCGGGAAAGUAUGCCGUCAAUAAAGACGACUGGAAUAAACUGCUAAUGAUGACCAAGGUCACAUCCAAUGAUGAUCUUAAAGAUGUAUUGCAUUUUGUCGGCAAAUUGGGUGGAAAUACAAAUAUCGCUAAAUUUUCGUUUCAGUAAAUAAUUUAUAUACAGUUCACGACAAAAAUUUUUCUGGAUCCCGAAGAUAUCGGUUUACAGAUGAUGUCGAGCGCCCGAUUUCUUCGGCAAUUAGGCGUCCUGACCAAUUAGGGUUCACUUGCCGAAGGAUCCUUAUUUGUGCCUUUUCUUCGGCGGUAAGCUCAGACUUGCGGCCCAUUUCACAAAAUAAAUAUUUAAUCAACACGUGUUUGAAUUAUUAAACAUAAACUUAAAUUAUAAAAUGGCGAAAAUUACAAAUUUGUUUAUUUAUU